UCGAGAUCCUUAGUUCGCAGGGGGUGCCUCUCGCGCUGUCCGAUAUCCGAGUGUUCCUUCGCGCAUCACCCAACCUAUCUCGCAUCCGAUUUCUCAUCGCUUAGCCGAGCCCCUGCCUGUUGUCACUGCUGGCACGGGCAUGGGGCAAACUGGAUACACUCCUCACAGGGACUGUCGACCAUGUCUUCAUCAAACCGGUUCACUCUCCAGAUCAUGCAGGAGAUUUGUGGCAGCCCGGAUUAGAAAGCGUUCUGACAGCGUAUAUACCUCAGCUAACUCAUCUCGGUACUCUCCAUUUCGAGCCAAGAGAAGACAAGCCUUUUGGCUUUCUUGUGUAGACCUGACACUGGCGAAGCUGUUGAUGCAUUUGCUGUGUAUGUUUACGCCUACCGCUCGGCCUCCCGCCGGCGCCCAUUCCCGAUAUCCUUGCACUGCUUCGAGACACGGGCGCAUGACGCGCUCGUCCACAGUCCGGACCGCGUGCCCGCCAUUGGGAUCGCUUUUGGCGUCGAGCUGGAGUACCACCGACUCAACACAGCGCUCCAGUCAACCCGACGUCGCUCUUUCGUGGUCAAUUGAACCGGUGGCGACCGCAAGCACGACGGGUGCCACAUUGUACACCAAGACGAUGAGCGCCUUGAGCUGCUGGUCGUGCUGUACCACUCCCAGCCAGCGCAGGAGAACCGCGGCGCCGGGGGUCUGGGUGACAAUUGUCACAUGGCGGCUAAUGCGCCUGGUAAGCGUGCUGGAUGUCAGUCGAGGCAUUUGUAGCGGGAAGGAGUAGAUGACGGACACGAGGGAGCACCAGUAACUGUAUGUGGCCAGCGGAUUACACUGUGUACUCAUAUCGCGAACAACAGCACUUGUACCAGCACUUGAGCGUCAGCUUGACGACCCGGAGGAUUCGGAAACAAACAAUGACCUGCAAGGAUCCAUCAAUCCAGUGAGGGGCGUUCUGUGUUCCCCGAGGAGUGCCCGAAUCGAAUGCUUUACGUAGGUCCCACGUUCGAGUUGGGUUAUCGGAUCGUGUUGCUGUCACGGGCCCACGGCGUUAGAACGCCGGGCAAAGGAGAAGCCAAAGCUAUCAGGAUCACUUGAUUUCCUGUCGGCUAGGUCGCACCAGCUUCC